AUGAAAAAGGGCAUCCCGUUCAUAUGGGACGAGGCAUGCAAGAACACAUUUGAGAGUAUCAAGUCAUACUUGAUGAAGCCGCCUGUGCUAACCGCUCCUGUUCACGGUCGCCCACUAAUCCUCUAUAUCUCCGCCCAAGACAGUUCUGUGGGCGCCUUGCUUGCUCAGGAAAACGACAAGGGGAAAGAGAAUGCUCUCUACUAUCUUAGUAGAAUGAUGACCCCGAACGAGUUAAAGUACUCCCCAAUUGAAAAGCUAUGUUUGGCACUUGUGUUCGCCAUCAAAAAACUUAAGCACUACUUCGAGGCUCAUACCAUCCGGCUUGUUUCCAAAGCGAACCCGGUGAAAUAUGUUAUGGCGAAGGUCGUUCUCUCCGACCGUCUCGCAAGGUGGUACUUAUUGUUUCAACAGUUUGAAAUUGUAUAUGUGCUGCAAAAGUCUGUCAAGGGGCAAGCCUUGGCCGAUUUCCUAGCAGACCACCCGAUACCUGCUGAAUGGGAGUUGUCUGACGAUUUGCCUGAUGAAGAUGUGCUUGUCAUUGAAAUCCUACCCCCAUGGAAGAUGUACUUUGAUGGAGCUUCGCAUAGAGAAGGGGCAGGUGCUGGAGUUGUCUUCGUCACUCCGGAAGGCGAGGUGUUGCCAUAUUCAUUCACUUUGACCGAGCAAUGUUCAAACAACGUUGCUGAGUAUCAAGCAUUGAUACUUGGGCUCGAGAUAGCGGCUGACAUGAAGCAACUGAGAAUUAACAUUUAUGGAGAUUCAAAGUUGAUCAUAAACCAAGUGUUGGGUCUAUAUGAAGUGAAAAAGGCGGAGUUAGUCCCAUAUAACAACUAUGCAAAGAUACUAAUGCAAUGGUUAGGGGAUGUCACAAUUGAACAUAUACCAAGGAAAGAAAACAAGCAGGCUGACGCUUUAGCCGCAUUGGCUUCGACUAUUGCUCAUCCUGCAGCCCGAGUGCGAGUAUGCCAAAAGUGGGUAGUUCCACCAAUCUUCAGUGAAGACGGCUCAGUUGAUGAAACUGUUGAACUCCCUACUGCCUCAGUUUAUGAUAUAGGCAAAGACGACUGGAGGCAACCGUUAAUUGACUACCUCACUGAUGGAAAGUUACCUGAAGAUCCCCGUAAACGGGUGGAUAUAAAGCGUCGAACUCCUCGCUUCAUCUACUAUAAAGAGACAUUGUAUCGUCGUUCCUUUGAUGGAAUAUUUCUCCGAUGUCUAGGGGAAGAGGAAGCUUUACAAGCUAUGCAAGAAGCUCAUUCUGGGGUUUGCGGUGCACAUCAAUCCGGUCCCAAGUUGCACUUCCACAUUAAGCGAAUGGGAUAUUAUUGGCCUACAAUGGUAAAGGAUUGCAUAGACUAUGCUCGAAGGUGCCAAGCUUGUCAAUAUCAUGCAAACUUUAUUCAUCAGCCACCAGAACCUCUACACCCAACAGUUGCAUCUGGGCCAUUUGAUGCUUGGGGACUUGAUGUGGUUGGCCCAAUUACGCCUAAGUCAUCUGCAGGGCAUGCAUACAUACUAGCUGCCACUGACUACUUUUCAAAAUGGGCAGAGGCCGUCGCAUUAAAGGAGGUGAAGAAAGAAAAUGUUGCAGACUUUCUCCGUGUCCACAUCGUCUAUUGA